GGUGAAGACGCGUCACCCUCGGCUUUCUUCCUGCUGUUUCGUCAUGGCGUUCUACGUGCUGAAGUCUGCAGCCAUAGCAGCGAAUGGAGCGGCGGUGUAAACAAAGCAAAGGGGCCGACAACAUCAGCACCCAAGACAGGAUAAAUAACAAGACAUCUGUGCGCGACCGGUUUCGUUGGGUAUUUUCAAGGAUUUUUUAAAUUGUUAUUCAAGGCGCAUAUAUAUGUAUAGAUAUUUAAUUACUAGCUUCACAUCUGAGAUCGCGUGGGAUAUAAGGGGAUUUGAUUUCACGAUACAAUAUAAAGUAGAGUAAAACAGAAAGCCACGCGUGAAUAAACAGUCUGCACAUGGAGCUUUUUAUUUUUUAGAAGAAAUAUCAUCUGAUUUAUUAUUUUGAGAUUUACAUCGGCAAUGUGCCACAGUUGUAAAACUACAGAGGGUAGCCUGCAUCUGGACACAACAACAAACAGGAUCGUUUUGAUUGGACUUGUCUGCAGCGUUGGCCUUAUCACCAUAUCACAUCAAAUCUGAACUAACAACGGAGUUUAUUAGUUUUUUUUUUUUUUUAAUUUUUGAUUGUGUAGUUGAAGUACUCCGAGUCGUUCUUUUCGUUACUGGCAGCUGGGGUUAUGAUGCCCACCCCUGUCUGUUGCAGAUAUUCGUCAUGAUUAACCACAACAGAGUGGUGUGAUUUAUUUCCAAAACCAGCGGAUCUGGAGUGCAAUGUUCAGUCUGAUGGCGAACUGCUGCAGCUGGUUGAAACGGUGGCGGGAGCCUGCCAGGAAAGUGACUUUGGUGAUGGUUGGACUGGACAAUGCUGGGAAAACUGCAACUGUAAGAGGCAUUCAGGGAGAAAAUCCUGAAGAUGUCGCUCCGACUGUUGGGUUUUCUAAAAUCGACCUGACACAGGGAAAGUUUGAGGUGACCAUUUUCGACCUGGGCGGUGGGAAGAGAAUCCGAGGCAUCUGGAAGAAUUACUACUCCGAAUCUUACGGGGUAAUCUUCGUCGUGGACUCCAGUGACGUGGAGCGACUCGAGGAGACCAAAGAGACGAUGUCCGAGGUCCUGAGGCACCCCCGCAUAUCAGGAAAGCCAGUCCUAGUGCUGGCCAAUAAACAGGACAGAGAUGGGGCACUAGCUGAAGCAGACAUCAUUGAGAACCUGGCCCUGGAAAAGCUUGUUAAUGAAAACAAGUGCUUGUGUCAAAUUGAGCCAUGUUCAGCAGUUCUUGGAUAUAGAAAAAAGUUUGAUAAGUCCAUAAGAAAAGGUCUCAGCUGGCUGUUGAACAACGUGGCAAAGGAUUUUGAGGCUUUAAGCGAGCGGGUGCAGAAAGACACGGCAGAGCAGAAAGCACAGGAGGACCAGGAGAAAAGGGAGAGAGCCGAACGAGUGCGACGGGUUCGAGAGGAAAGAGAGCAGGGAGAGCAAGAAGAGGCUGAGAGAGAGGGGCGGUCCAUCCAGAAAGAGGAUCCUGAGGCUGGCACCAUGGUUAACCCUUUUCAGCCCAUAAGCAAUGUGAUUACACAGAAUGAAGAAAAAAUGAAAGGGGACAAGGAAACGAAGAACUUGCAGUCUGAAAGCAAGUCUGGCGCAAUACCACUGCAGCCCACUCGGGAUGCUGAGGAUGUGGAGACUGGGAGCAACCCUGGCAGUGAGCUGAGCAAUAGUGGGAUGGUCCACAACUACACCACCGCUCUCAACCAGCAGCUACAGCAGGAGCAGGGAGAGGAGGGGGAGGAGAGUGAGCGCCAGACCCCAGACAGCGUAGACUCGGCCAAAAAGAAGUCCAACAAGUCAAAGCUGAGGUUGAAGAGGAAGCACAGGGUUGAACCAGCCAGCACGGACGAUGCUGUCCCUGAGAGCCCAACACCACCCCCGCCCCCCGUUGGCUGGGGUACUCCCAAAGUUACUAGACUUCCUAAACUUGAACCACUGGGGGAUACAAGAUGUUCUGAUUUUUAUGGCAAGCCUCUCCCUCCCGUGUCAGUCAGGCAGAGACCUAACAGUGACGCUCAUGAUGUCAUUUCUUAACCGCUAUCCCAGCAAGGAGUUUAUGUGCGCUCACAGAGAACUUUCUUUUAAGUUAGAGAAAAGUAUUGGCUGCUUAUACACAGACACACACACACUUAUUUAAGCAGUGCUACAAUGAGAUACGCUACAUCACCAAGUCAGUUCAAUGCACACCGUUACCACUACAGACCUGCCGCUGCUGCUGUUGCCGCUGCUUCAUAUUGAUUUUGAAAGAGGAGGAGCAAUAUUUCAGAGGAUAGAGCCAGUAUCCUAUGUGACUGUAUGGUUACAGUACAGUCGUGAACUUGCACUCAAAUUUGACCUUCAUGCAUUUUAGGAAAAUGUGGAAUGAGACUCCUACUGUAGUAUCUGGAAUGGUUUGUGUGUUUUUUAGUCGGUAUAGAUGAAUUGUCAUACAUAUCCUCUGAGUGGCAAGAAGCGUGCAGGCAAUAACCUGGGGACCAUCAUUUUAUGAUUUAUAACCUUUUUUCCUACUUACAAUAAGUAUUGGUACAGCAUUUGUAAAGAUUUUGUGGUUGCUGUCUUUUGUAAAUUUUUAAAAGCAUGCGUACAAUGGUUUAUUACAAUGCCUUAGUGGGUUAAAUCCAGUGUGAUUCAGAUGAACAGGGUUAUUCAAUUGCAUGUGUACAAACUUACCAUAAUGCUACAAUUAUCUUAUUUCAGUACAGUAAAAGUGUCCAUCUCACUACAGUAUGGCAAUUUGUACAAGUCUUGAAAUAUUGAAUUUUCUGGUCUGGGUUUAGUAGAAUUGCUCAAGAUAUUUGCAGCAUGUCCACAUUACUAUUGGCAAUUUCUGUAUGUGCAGUGGCUUUUAAUUGUCCUUUGCAUGUUGUUAAACAGUGUUGAUUUGAGAUGGACCCCAUGAAAAAUGAAAAAUACAAAUUCAAGUAGGAUGGGAUGAGUGCUGUGAAAGGUUGCUAUCCAGCUACUGAAAAGUGUGGAUCGCAAAAUGCAUAGGAGCGCCAGCAGGUGUCAUUAACAGGAAUGAAUCCAUCUCCAGAACCGAGAUCCACUGUGCUGUGACACUCUCUUGGAAAAGCUUUUUUCAACAAAUUUUACCCAUUGUCUUAAUAGAAAUAGCAUUAUUUUAAGUUUGCCCACAUUUACAAAUAGCUCUAUAGUAUUAUCCCUGGAUUUAAUCAUCUGCCAGAAAACAACAGUUUUCUAAUAUCAUAUCGCCAGAGAAAGGAACAACAAUACAGCAGGCAGUGAAUUGAAUGAUGUCUGUGGGAACUGGUGAAGCAUUUUAGAGUACUGGGCUAAACAGUAUGUUUGUCUUAUUAGCCCAAUGUGUUAUACCACAUAAACUUUAAAAUAUGUAUUAUUUAACUGUUGGUUUGUUGUUUAAAAAUGGAGUGAAAAGUAAUCCUUCGAUGGUUUACACAAGGGUGUGCAUUUAAAAUAUGACGUGAAUCUCUAACGUUUACAAUCAACUCUAAUAUUACUGUGCUAUUUGGUCUCCUUCAAAAACUGAAUAUGAAAGUACCAUACACUAGUGAAGCAAUUUUAAUUAACAAAAAAAACCAAAAAAACUACCUACCCGAAACUAGUUGCUUGUGCAACUCCUUUUCUUAUUGUAUCCUCUUAAUUCCAUAACGUUAUAUCUUAUAUGUCCAAAAGGCUUAACGUGUUUUAAAUGAAGUGGUAAACGGGUAAUAUUCUGUAUUUCAACACUGCAUUUUUGUUUCACUUUUUUUUUAGAGACAUUACAUGGAUGCUUUUUAACUACCUUAUAUGCUACAUGCGUUUGUUAACUUGCAUAAAGAACAAUUUUGUUUGAUUGUAACCCAUAUACUGUAUACCAGUGUGCAUAAUAUAUUCACAUUUUUUGUAUGCUUGAUAUGAUCUUGUUGCUUUUAUAGUGAAAUAUUCUGUUAAAUAUGUACUUGAUUUUAAAACAAGAAUCUUUGCUUAUUUAAC